AUGGAAUACGCGAGUGCUUACGCACCACAACUGGACUUGGACGAGAAGGUCAAAAGCACACUUGGACGAGAUAUCCCUCACACAGAGAAGAAAUUCUUUGGAGAAGAUUUAAAUGGCCACACCGAGACAACUUCGAUGGGCUACAAUGAUGUGCAUAGUGAUCUCGGUUUUGGGAAUAGAAAGGAGUUUCGCUUUUGGAUUUUGCAAGAGCUUUUUGAUUUGGUGAUAGCAGACUCGAGGAAGGAGAAGCACUUGGUCACCUUUCAUAAUACGGUGGCAAAGACUCAAAUCGAUCUACUCCUAAGGAAGAGUGAUAAGAGGUUUAUAUAG